GACCAUCAUUCGUUGUUUCUUUAGAACAACAUGCGAUUAUUCAUGAUUUCCUAUUGGAAUAGAAAGUUUUCUUGGCACACCGUAGAGAGUUUAUGGAAAAGAGUAAGAGACACAAAACUGUCACAGAAGAAAUAUUUAUUUCCAAGCGCAACUCGUUGGUUAUUUGGCGGUGCAGCGUUGUGGGCAACCAGCACAAUUCUCCUGACAGAAGCACGUACGGAACAGAGGAAAACACUGCAAGUAGAAACAGCUGAGCAAGUACACUGGAAUGAUGUAUCGAAACAAACUCGAGACACGUCCCUAAAAGAUCCUUGUAGCCCUUUUUCUGUUGAACUCAUACUUUACCAAUAUUCGCCUUGUCCCUAUUGCAACAAAGUUCGGGCAGUAUGUGACUAUUAUCAAAUCCCUUUUCGGUGUGUGGAAGUUAAUCCUUUGACGAAGAAGGAGUUGAAUUUUUCGACAUAUAAAAAGGUGCCGGUUGCCAUCAUCAAUGGCCAACAGGUUAAUGGGUCUACAGAUAUUGUGUUGACCAUUCAAAACUCGUUACAAAAUACCAAGAAUGGUAGAGCAAUCUCUCCUUUGACUUUGGAACAAAGGAAGUGGUUGGAUUGGAUCGAUGACUACUUUAUCCAUCUCUUACCACCGAAUAUUUAUCGAACUCCCAAAGAAGCUGUUAGAAGUUUUGACUAUAUUGUCCAUCAUAGUAAAUUUAGUUAUUGGCAACAAGAGACUACGAGAUGGUUCGGUGGUUUAGCUAUGUAUAUGGUAGCAAAACGUUUAAAGUCCAAGUAUAACAUUCAAGACGAAAGGCGUAGCUUAUAUGAGGCUAUCAACCUUUGGUGUAAGGAAGGAAUAGGCGACAAGACAUUCUGUGGUGGUGAGCAACCGGCUUUAACAGAUUUGGUUAUGUUUGGAGUUGUGCGGUCGCUUGAAUAUUAUGAUGUCUUCCAAGAUAUUCAGGCCAAUACCGAUAUGAAUUCGUGGUACCAGAAAAUGCAACGUUUAGUUGGAGAGUCUUCCAUGAUUCCAUUAGCAGAGUGAACAUGUUCCUAUUUAUAAACAAGUCUCAUCUUGUGAUCCAUCAUUCUAUAUGGAGCAGUUCUGUUACAAUAACAAGACUCAUUC